CGCGGAGGAAGCGGCCUUCUUUAUCUCGCCGUGUGGGGGCGCGUGUUCAACGUGACCAGCGGGCAUAGCUUUUACGCGCCUGAUGCGGCGUACGGCAAGUUUUCUGGGCACGACUGCACCAGGGCAUUCGCCUUGCACAGCUUGAAGGCCAGCCUGCUGGACAUGGACCUGGAGGGCAUCGAGGAGCGAAAAUUGGAGAACCUCAACACAACUUAUUGGGAUACGUAUAGAGAGAAAUACCCGAUCGUUGGCAAAUUGGUUGAUCCCCCGUACGAUGCAGAGGCAUACGACCGCUUCGCCGGCCCGUAUGCUGGCAUCACCCUGCAGCCGUCGCUGAGCGACGCACGCAGAGGUGCUGACCCCGCGCGCCCAUCAGAGCCGAGGCAGUCCAAGUGCCCGAUGGUGGCGAUCCCCAGAGCGGCGUUCAGUGCCAUCAAGAGCAUUCUGCCGGCGGGGCUGCUCGACAGAUAACCCCGAGCCAUGACGGGCGCGCACAUCGCCCGCCGCCGCCACCCCUGCCCAUCGCAUCUGCAGUCGGCCCCCCCUUCGCAAGGGGCCCUCGAGGGGCCCCUCUUGGCCGCCCGAGCGACGCCGGGGGCCCGCGGCAGCCCGCCGCUCCUCCCGCGCCUGUGCCCCCCCCUGCCCGCCUGGGCUGGCCUCCGGGCGCGCGCGGCGGCGCAGGGUGGCCGGUGCCUCGGCCGCGCCGCUCGCCCACUCCCCCUCGCCUUUCUGUCUCCUCCUCUUCCUCCUCUUCCUCCUCCUCUCCCUUACAGUACAGGCUGUGCUGAGCUUGUUUUCCCGCCCACGCGCCGGACGGCGUAUGGCUUGUGCGUGCGUGCGUGCGCCCCCCCUUCUUCGGCGCCGCCGGCUCUGCGCCGCGCUCCUCCGCUUCGCGCGCGCCCCUCGGUCAGCACCGGGCCAGGGGCCUCGCGGCGGACCGGCUGGCAGGGCGAGGAGAGCGGCCCCCGCGGCCGCCGGACUCCUCCUCCUACCGCUCC